AUGCCUGGUGUCGACCGAUCCAUCAUCGCUCAUAGACUCACCGUGGAUCCUAGCCAUCGGCCAGUCGUGCAGAAGAAACGGUAUCUCGCCAAUGAUCGAAGGGAGUUUGUAAAAAAGGAGGUGAGCACGUUGUUGGCAACGGGCCAUAUUCGCGAGGUCAAAUACCCGGAAUGGUUGGCAAACGUAGUCCUCGUACCCAAGCCCCCGGCUUGGCGGAUGUGCGUUGACUACACCGACCUUAACAAGGCCUGCCCGAAAGACCCGUUUCCCUUGCCACGGAUCGAUCAGCUAGUCGACGAAACCGCCGGGUCGGCCCUGUUAAGCUUCAUGGACGCCUUCAGAGGGUACCAUCAAAUUUUCAUGCACCCUGCCGACGAAGAGAAGACCGCACUCCUGACACUGGAUGGAGUGUAUUGUUAUCGAGUCAUGCCAUUCGGGCUCAAGAAUGCCGGAGCUACUUAUACCCGGAUGGUAGCCCGGCUGUUCCAAGAUCUGUUGGGAAAAUCCAUGGCCGCAUACGUGGACGACAUGCUCGUCAAAAGCCGGGAAGAGAGCAAGCACGCGGGGGAUCUGGCCGACUGCUUUCAAGUAAUGAUAAGAUAUAACCUUCGGCUGAACCCUAAGAAAUGUGCCUUCGCGGUGCAGGGCGGAAAAUUCUUGGGAUAUAUGGUUACCAAGCGAGGCAUCGAGCCCAACCCAGAGAAGGUCCAGGCCAUCAUCGAUAUGCAGCCUCCCAGCUCCGUCAAAGACCUGCAACGGUUGACUGGUCGACUGGCUGCCCUCAGUCGCUUCCUGAGCAAGGCGGCGGACAAAACCGUGCCCUUCUUCGAAGCUAUGAAGAAGAAGGAAGGCUUCGCCUGGACAGCCGAGUGCCAGCAAUCGUUCGAAGAAUUGAAACGAUACCUUUCUACGCCUCCCGUAUUGACCACCCCCCAGGUGGGUGAGCCUCUGUUUUCAUACUUGGCCACUUCCCCUAAGGCGGUGAGCUCGGUGCUGGUCCGAGAAGAGGAACGUGCCCAGCACCCGGUAUACUACGUGAGCCGCUCCUUGAAGGCCGCCGAAACACGGUACACGGCCCUAGAGAAAAUUGUUUAUGCGCUGGUGAUCACCAUGCGCAAGUUGGUGCCCUACUUCCAAGCCCACGCUGUCCGAGUACUAACUGACCAACCACUGGGGAGCUUCCUGCGAAACCCCUCGUCGUCCGGUCGCUUGGUGAAAUGGGCUGUGGAAUUAACACAGUACGGGAUCGAGUAUCAGCCACGACCCUCUAUAAAGGAUCAGGUUUUGGCCGACUUCUUGGUCGAAUGCACAGCGGGAGAGGAGGAAAAAGAGCACACCUCAGAAGAUGGCUUAGGCGAAUGGUGGGAGAUGCACGCGGAUGGAGCCUCCAGUCGACAACAUUGUGGGGGCGGAGUUAUGCUGAUCACACCGGAAGGGUUCCGACUGUAUUAUGCACUGAGCUAUUUGUUCCCAACGACCAACAACGAGGCCGAAUAUGAGGCAGUACUGAAUGGCCUUCGACUCGCCAGGACGCUGGGAGUAGGACGGCUACGGAUCAAGACCGACUCCAGAUUAGUAGUCGGACAGAUCUCCGGAACGUGUGAGGCCAAGAACGCCCGGAUGACUCUGUAUAAGGAGAAGGCGGUGGAGAUGUUAAAGGAGUUCGGGGCCUACGAAAUAGAAUAUAUCUCUCGGACAGACAACGUGGAGGCCGACAUACUGUCCAAGAUCGCAUUGGAAGGAGUACCAGAUCACCUCAUCAAGAUUUGCCAGAAGGAAGAGCUGAGUCGGCCGAGCAUCGAGGAGACGCCGUCGGAAGUCCAGCACGUGACUCACGCAGAGUGGGACAAAGAGAAAAACCCCGAGAUAUUUUGGAUCGAGGAUAUCCGACGGUUUAAGGAGACGGGCGAAUUGCCUAAAGAUCCGGGGGUCGCCGCUAGGGUUCGACGGAAAGCCCCUUCGUUCCAAAUCCUCGAUGGGCAGUUGUACAAGCGAUCAUUUGGUGGUCCUCUUCUGAAAUGUCUGCUCAGGCCCGAAGCCGAGAAGAUAAUGGAUGAAGCCUAUAGAGGCAUCUGCGCCGCCCACCAGGGCGCCCACACACUCGCUCGAAAGCUAGUCGUCCAAGGGUACUAUUGGCCGACCAUGAUGCGGGAUUGCAUCGAGUGGAUAGCAAAGUGUGGCGUAUGCCAAGCCUUCGCCAGGAAGGACACGCGACCGGCCACCUUUUACACCCCGGUCACCACGGCCAUCCCUUUUGCUAAAUGGGGAAUCGACUUGUUGGGACCGUUGCCAGUCGCCCCGGGAAGCUUGAAAUUCUGCGUAGUGGCCAUCGAUUACUUCACCAAGUGGAUCGAGGCCGAACCUCUAGCCACCAUCACUGAAUAUCAAUGUCGACGCUUCCUAUGGAAGAAGGUGAUUUGCCGUUUUGGCCUACCCGAGCACAUCGUUAGUGACAACGGUCGACAAUUCGACUGCCAAGCGUUCACCGAUUUUUGCCGUCGGCACAAUAUCCGUCACACCAAGGUAUCCGUGGCAUACCCCCAGGCCAACGGACAAGUGGAGAACGCGAAUCGGACCAUAGUAGACGGAAUCUGA